CUUCCAGAUGGGUGACCGUUGUUGUGGGGUCUUUUUUGAAUCUUUCCCCAAAUAUAUAACCGUUGCUCACCCCAUCACCCCAAACACCACCCUCAAACCACAGAGAGACAGAGAAUACUAAAGAGGUAUACACAGGCUUUAACAAAAGGGCAACAAUCUUUAGUUGGAUCAGCGGAUUGCAUCCACCAUGACUGUUGAGGUGAUAUCUCAAGAAACCCAAGUGGCCGAGGUGGUCGUUUCGCAACAACCAGAAGCAGAAGAAGAUUUGAAGAUUGUUGUCAAAGAGGUGGAGGAUAAAAAAAUUGAGGAUGAACCCAUUUCCAAGGAUGUUGAGAAAAGCUCUUCGUACAGGGAAGAAAGCAAUUUUCCCUCCGAUCUAAAAGAGCACGAGAAGAAGGCCUUGAGUGAGUUGAAAUCGAAACUCGAAGAGGCUGUACUUGGAAACAAUUUGUUCAAGAAAGAAGAGCCCAAAGAAAAUGCAAAAGAGGAACCAGCCUCAGAAGUGACAGAGGAAAAAGUGGCUGAAGAACAGACUGAGGAAUUGAAAGUCGAGGUGGAGGGAGAGACGAAGCCGGAGGAGGGUACUACGGAAGAGAAAACCAUUGAAUGCGUCGAGUCAGAAGAGAAGGAGGAAGGAAAGGAGGGGAGUGAUGUGGUUUGUGAUGAGGGCAAAAGGGUUGAGAUUGAUGAGGAUAUCUCAAUUUGGGGGGUACCACUUUUGCCUAGCAAGGGAGGUGAGGGCUUAGAUGUGGUUCUCUUGAAGUUUUUGAGGGCCAGGGAUUUCAAAGUCAAUGAUGCAUAUGAGAUGGUGGUGAAAACCCUUCAAUGGAGGAAGGAGUUCAAGGCAGAUUCGAUCCUGGAUGAGGAUUUGGGCUCUGAUUUGGGCUCUUUCGCCUACAUGAGCGGGGUUGAUCGCGAGGGCCAUCCCAUUUGUUACAACAUCUUUGGGGCUUUCGAAAGCAAUGAGCUGUAUGAGAAGGCGUUUGGGACGGAAGAGAAGCGUGAGAGGUUCUUGAGGUGGAGGUUCCAGCUGAUGGAGAAGGGCAUUCAAAAGCUUGAUUUCAAGGCUGGAGGUGUUAACUCAUUGCUUCAAAUCAAUGAUCUCAGGAACUCCGCUGGACCAUCCAAGAAAGAACUCCGGGUCGCCACAAAGCAAGCUGUUGGGCUUCUCCAAGACAACUACCCAGAAUUCGUUGCGAGAAACAUAUUCAUCAAUGUCCCUUUCUGGUACUACGCGUUCAAUGCCCUCUUAUCCCCUUUCCUAACACAAAGAACCAGGAGCAAAUUCGUGGUUGCUCGUCCCGGGAAGGUCACAGAGACCUUGAUCAGGUACAUUCCUGUUGAGGAAAUCCCCAUCCAGUAUGGUGGCCUGAAAAGGGAGAAUGAUUUCGAGUUUUCAUUUGAUGAUAGUGCAGUUUCUGAACUCAUCAUCAAGGCCGGAUCAACAGCAACCGUAGAAAUAAACGCUACAGAGGUUGGAGCCACAUUCAUUUGGGAUUUGACAGUUUUGGGUUGGGAAGUGAACUACAAGGAGGAAUUCGUCCCCUUGGACGAGGGCUCCUACAGCAUUAUUGUUCAGAAGACAAGAAAAAUGAGCUCGAAUGGAGAACCAAUUCGCAACACUUUUAGGACCAAUGAACCGGGGAAGAUUGUCCUAACGAUUGAGAAUUGUUCGAGCAAGAAGAAGAAGGUGUUGUAUAGAUACAAGACCAAGAAGAGCGCCUUUUGAGAUCUAUAUACAAGAGUUCCAUACAUCCUGUUUAUUGUCCCUAAAUAUUUUUACAUUCAUGGCUUUUUCUUCGUAUUUGGCUUGGGAGUGAGAUCUGUGAGAGUUAGAUUGGUGAGCGGGACAUUCUUUGAAAAAAAAUAUUUCUUUUGGGGUUUUGAAUGUUUAAUAUUAUGCAUAACUUUGGUGCUGUUAAGUAAUUCUGUUGUUGCAGAGCUUGUAAGAAUUUGAGGGAUGGAUUUCUUGUUAUGCACAAUUCAUUUACAUCUAUCUAUCGAGUUUGUAAUUAGUUUAA